GAAGUCCUUCAAUUGGUUAUUGAGAGACAUGCGAUGUAGAGUGUGGAUUUUGUAUCACUAUUCGAAGAAAUGAAGUGGUUGCACUGCAGGCGGAUGAAAAACGGGAGCCUCGAGUUAUUUUGCCGUCUGAUUUGUGAAUUGUCUCGCUUUCAGGAAUUGAUUCUUGUUUUCUUUUGGUUCCUUCAUUUGACAAAGGAUACUCUUCAGAAUGGUGGAUAUUGAAUUGACAAAUAUUGAAACAGUAAGCCAGCGGAGCCUGUCAAGCUUACUGAAUGAGGAUGACGAGGACGAGUUGAGUAUUAAGAAACUAUCCUUAGAUGAGCAUAAAUCCCUGCAUACUUUGCCUUCCAACAUCCCAGAAUCGACAUUGGAUAAUUUAGCAUCAUCGGUAGUCGCACAGAGUGUCAAAAGAAUUUUACAGAAUGAUGAUGAUAACUUGAUUACGCUCCCCUCUGCAAAACUAGAAGAGUGGCUGAAACAUGGUAUUCAAAUUCUACGGGAGAGUCGGCAAAGAAGAAAGACUGCGGGUUCUGAUUCAGAAUAUGAAGCAUUCGAAAAUGACUCAGGACUCGAGUAUCUAGAUCAACCAAAUGUUGAAGUAUCUUCCUCACGCAGUAGAGUCUCUGGGUCACAAUCUGAUGGCCAAGUUUGUCAACAAUACAGCAAUAAUCCAAGUCGAGAAUUCAGAAACCAGCCGUGGUUUACAACAGCUCAAGGAGAAAUGGUUGAUAAAUUCUUGAACACAGCCCGGAGAAAUCCUUUUCGCUUUAGAGAGAUAAGUGCAGAGCAAUUCGUAAAUUUUACGAUUGACACUGAUGAAUUGAGUGGCUUUCCGGACAACAAGACUCAUGACCCUCUCCGCUGACAUCGGGUUGCCAGAUAUGACGCAGACUUUGAAACAUCAUUCGAAAUAGCAUGGGAGAAGUACCACAAAAGAAUUUUGUGGUUGACGGAUUCUCAAGUGUUGCUUGUCGCCAGUGGACUCUAAAAUUACACAGAAUAUGGCUCCGAAGACGUUUGAUUGAGGUCAGAGCUCCGAGAAGUUCCAUUAUCGUUGGAAUUGCUGUGCUGAGCUAAUAUACACAUCCGGCA